AUGCCCCCCAGAGCAUCCAACAAACGGACACAUUUGACGGCAUCCUCGUCUGACCUGCCUCAGAGCAGUCGUCCCACAAAAGCUCCCCGGCUCCCAUCUUCGUCCUCACCUUUAACUCAACCCACUGAUGUCGGUCUGAGUCAGCAUGCGGUUGGAUAUUCCAAUGCCACGUCUAGUUUUGCUAGAAACUUUCCGAGCCAAUCUUCGGCAUCACAGUCGAAUAUUUAUGAGGAUGAAGAUCCCAACUCGAUUGUCCUUACCCAGGUCGACGAUGGCCCGCUGCGAGAACUGUAUGGUUCCUUUGAUGGUAAGAUCGUCGGGGUGAGAUACUAUAACGGAAUGGCCUCCGCGGGAGAAGUGGUUAUCUGCACUAGAGAACCUUCAAAUCCGUACGACUCGAACGCCAUUCGAGUUGAUAACGUGCUUGGUCGUCAGAUUGGUCACAUCCCAAGAACAGUGGCUGCCAAACUUGCACCCUAUAUUGACAGCGGAGCGAUUUCCAUCGAAGCCACCCUCACAGGUGAAAAAGGCUAUUACGACUGGCCCGUCCGUAUUUCUAUCUACGGUACUAGUGAUCCCGUGGGCCGUGCGGAGCUCGAAGAACGCCUAAAGAAAGAUAGGCUUGUAUCAGCAAUUCAGCUUAAGCAGACCCGGAAGGAGAACGAGAAACGGCGGGGGGCUAUGGGCCUGAAGAGUGGUCGUAGCUCUGUCGGGUUUGCUGUUGACGAGCCUGAAAGCCUGUCGCUAGAAGAGUUGGCAAAGACUAGCCAAGUCGUGAACCUACGUAUGGGCGGGGACGUCAUUCAGAAAUUGGCCAUGAGCGAGGAUCAGCUCGCCCAGAUGCCCCUUGCUGAGCAGCCGAAUGAGCUGAAAGCCCAGUUGCUUCCAUAUCAGCUGCAGGGGUUGGCUUGGCUGAGGGAGAAAGAGAACCCGACGUUUCCAGAGCCGGGCUCUCCAGACUCAGUUCAGCUUUGGAAACGUGAUGCACAAGGCCGCUAUGUUAACCUUGCUACUAAUUUCACCGUUGGCACCCCCCCCGAUCUGCUGUCGGGCGGCAUCCUCGCCGAUGAUAUGGGUCUCGGUAAAACGCUUCAAAUCAUCAGUUUGAUCAUGACAGGAGGCGAAGGCAGCACGCUCAUUGUUGCGCCAGUUGGUGUAAUGAGCAACUGGGAGCAGCAAAUCCGACGCCAUGUCGCCAAGGAACAUAUACCUUCCGUGGUUAUCUACCACGGAGGUAACCGACACACGUUGGCAGAAUCUCUUAAGGAUCAGAAAAUCGUCAUCACCAGUUACGGCACCUUAAGUAGCGACACGAUCUACGGCCCUCUAUCGAAAAUCCAAUGGCGGCGUGUUGUGCUUGAUGAAGCACACAGCAUCCGUAAUCCAAAGACAAACGCAGCUCUGGCUGCUUGCGCCCUCAGCGCGAAGUCGAGAUGGGCCUUGACUGGCACACCCAUCGUUAAUAAUAUUAAAGACUUCCAGUCCCUCCUCAAGUUCCUCCGAAUCACCGGAGGCCUGGAACAGUCUGAAAUUUUCAAUGCUGUUAUUGCCAGACCGCUUUCGUACGGAGAUGCACGGGCUGAGGCUCUUCUGCAAGCCCUCAUAAAGGACAUUUGCUUGAGGCGUAGGAAAGAUAUGAAUUUUGUUGAUCUCAGACUUCCUCCCAAAACCGAGUACAUUCACCGCAUCGCCUUCUGGCCGGAAGAAAAGAAGAAAUACGGUGCUUUGCUUGCCGAAGCUCAGGGUGCUCUGGAAGAGUAUCAAAACAGGUCUCUUCUGGGCCAGAAGGUGCGGUUUCAGAGUGUUCUUGAGCGGCUCUUGCGCCUUCGACAGAUAUGUAACCACUGGGCCUUGUGCAAGGAGCGGAUUAAUGAUUUGAUGAAACUUCUUGAGGAGCAGGAUGUAGUGCCUCUCACUCCAGAGAAUCGGCGUCUGCUGCAGGAAGCUCUCCAGCUUUUCAUAGAAAGCCAAGACGAGUGCCCUGUUUGUUACGACGUGAUGAUCGACCCUGUGAUCACUCACUGCAAACAUCCUUUUUGCAGGAAGUGCAUUACCAAGGUUAUUAAGCUUCAACACAAGUGUCCCAUGUGCCGCGCUGAGCUCUCUGAGGACAAGCUUAUCGAUCCCCCUCCCGAACACUCUGCUGAGGAGGAGAAAAAGACCCUCGACACAGAGGCAAAGAGUUCCAAAAUCGAGGCCCUUCUCAAGAUCCUUCAAGCGACGCUGAAAAAUGACCAAUCCAAGGUCAUCAUCUUUUCGCAGUGGACCUCUUUCUUGACUAUCAUUCAGCGCCAACUAGACGAAGCAGGAUAUACUUAUGUCCGUCUUGAUGGGAGCAUGAGCACAGGCCAGCGCGAUGCAGCCGUUAGAGCACUCGACAAUGACCCCAAGACCCGAAUCAUGCUCGCAAGUCUCAGUGUCUGCAGUGUCGGGUUAAACUUGGUUGCUGCAGACACAGUUAUCCUGGCUGACAGUUGGUGGGCUCCUGCUAUCGAGGACCAGGCUGUCGACCGCGUCCAUCGGCUCGGCCAAACCCGGCCAACAACUGUCUGGAGGCUGGUCAUGGAGAACAGCGUUGAAGAACGCGUGCUUGAUAUCCAAGCUGAGAAGCGAGAGCUGGUCAGCAAGGCUUUCCAGGAGAAGGCUAGCAAGCAGAAGAAGACCAAGGAAACGCGUAUGGCGGAUGUUAUGAAGCUGCUUUCUUGA